AUGGCUUCGAUGUUGGCCGCUGCAGCGGACUCCUUCAAGGACAAGACUUUCACGACCUUCACAAAAGACCAGGGCAAGAACUACGCGCAACACCGAGCAAAUUACCACUCCAGCGUGUACGAUCACAUAAUAGAUCAUCGCAAAUCUACGGGCGGAGGAUUCGAGUCUCUCUUAGAUGUCGGCUGCGGCCCUGGCCUGGCAACGUUCUCCCUCGCACUACACUUCACUCGUACUCAGGCUAUCGAUCCAAGCCCCGCGAUGGUUUCGACUGCGGAAUCUCUCAACCCAUCCCCAGAGACAAUUACAUUCCACGCCUCUCCAGCAGAAGACAUGUCAGCGAUCCCGUCCUCCAGCAUCGAACUCAUAACCGCCGCCAACGCCGCCCACUGGUUCAACUUGCCCGCAUUCUGGUCCGAAGCAGCCCGGGUGCUCAAACCUGGAGGGUCCGUCGCUCUCUGGGCGACAUCACGAGCAGUCACUCAUCCAGACCUUCCCAACGCGGACAAAAUCGAAGCAGCCGUGUCCCGCCACCGCGACGAAUACCUGAAGCCGUACAAAGUCGAGGGCAAUCUGCUGUCUCAGGAUGGCUACAAGGACCUCACCAUGCCUAGGGGUGUCGAUGCUGCGGUCAAAGGGUUCGACAAAUCGAGUUACAAUCGCAGAGUUUGGGGACCCCACGAGCGGUUUCUUGCAGGUGAGGAGUCGUAUACUUUGGACCAAUUUGAGUCGAUGAUGGGGACACGGAGCCCGGUCGUGAGAUGGCGAGAGGCGAACCCUGAUAAGAUGGGGACUGAAGAUGAUGUGGUGCGCGUUCUCAGGAAUCAUAUCGAGAGUCUUUUGCGAGAGGGGGGAGCGGAAGAUCUCGUUCUGAGGAGGAGGGUGCCUGGGGCGGUUUUGAUCGUGAAGAGGCAAUAA